GAAGGCAUGGCAGAAGCCGUGGGCUCGAGCAGGGACUGCCUGCAGGCCGGCGAGUCGUGCACCACCGACCCCGUGUGCAGCGCCAAAUUCCGGACCCUGCGGCAGUGCAUCGCCGGGAACGGCGCCAACAAGCUGGGCCCCGACGCCAAGAGCCAGUGCCGGAGCACGGUGACAGCCCUGCUCUCCAGCCAACUCUACGGCUGCAAGUGCAAGAGGGGCAUGAAGAAGGAGAAGCACUGCCUGAGUGUCUACUGGAGCAUCCACCACACCCUCAUGGAAGGAAUGAAUGUCCUGGAGAGUUCCCCCUACGAGCCGCUCAGCAGGGGCUUGGAUUACGUCCGCCUGGCCUCCAUCACUGCAGCACACCCCUGCUCUCCCACCCAGACUGGGACAUCCUUUCUCCUCUUCUUUAAGAGGGUGGAAGUGAAGAAUGAUUUUGCUGAAGGUGGGGAAGGCUCUGGGGACAGACCCAUCAUCAGGUCCCGGGGGCUCCAAGCCUGCAACGUGGACGAGCUGUGCCAGCGGCUGCGCACGGAGUACGUGUCCCUGUGCAUCCGGCGCCUGGCCCGCGCCGACUCCUGCAACCGCUCCAAGUGCCACAAGGCCCUGCGCCGCUUCUUCGACCGCGUGCCCCCCGAGUACACCCACGAGCUGCUCUUCUGCCCCUGCGACGACACGGCCUGCGCCGAGCGCCGCCGCCAGACCAUCGUCCCCGCCUGCUCCUACGAGGCCAAGGACAAGCCCAACUGCCUGGCGCCGCUGGAUUCCUGCCGGGAAAACUACGUCUGCAGGUCCCGCUAUGCAGAGUUCCAGUUCAACUGCCAGCCCUCCCUGCAGGCUGCCAGCGGGUGCCGGAGGGAGAGCUACGCUGCCUGUCUGCUGGCCUACACUGGCAUCAUAGCCUCGCAGGUGGCAGGGGAGGAGCGGCUCCUCCGGGGCUCCACCCGUCUGUCCUCAGGGACCUCCAGCCCGGCAGCCCCUUCCCCCUGGGCAGCCUCUCCACUCUGGAUGUGGCCUCUCCUCACUCCUGCUGUGCUGAGCCUCUCUGGGAUGUGAGGCAGGGCAGGAACGCGCCGGGCACGGACUCGAUUUGGUGUUGGUUUCUUUACAAAACAACCAGAGCAGUGACUUUUUUGGGAGGAGGGAGGGGAUGGGAAGGAGAGGUGCGGUUUGGACAUCCCUCCCUCCUCCUCCUCCUCAUCCCUCUGCCAGUUUAUUUGAUUUUCUACAAUCGGCAUCGUCGACAACCGGCUCAUCCUUGGUCCUGGCCACCUUCCCACCCCACGGCUUGGUUGUUGUCUCUCCAGCUCUCUGUGGAUGGGGUUGGAGCCAUGGACAGUCCCCUUGAAAAAGAGGAAGGAGAGAGUUGAUCCAGGACGUGGGAGCUGCAACGGAAAUGCUUUUGCCUGCCCCAUCCAGGAGGGGAAAGACUUUGGAUGGAUGGAUGGAGGAGCCGUCAGGAGGUUUCCUGAAGCCCUGACUCGUGUUGGGGGGGCUCUUGGCAGGACAAGUCAAGCGAUGUGGAGCUCAGACUGUCUCCAGGGAUGCUCAGGACCCAAAGGACAACCCACCUGGUUGCUUCAGACUGAAGGAACCAGAGCAGUGGUGAGAAGGUCGUUGGGUUCGUUCACCGGAGAGGAACCUGAAGCACCUCUGGGGUGGAGCAAGUCACCACACUCCGAACUGGCUGGCAGGGAUUCUCCACCCUCUGGAAAAGCAGAGUACAACCAGCAUGUGUCUCCCAGCUGCCACCCACCCCUCGGGCCCUCCUUUUUGGGGAAACCUGUGUCAUGUGUUGCUGGUGUUCAGGAAGAAACACGUGUGUUGUGUUUUGUUCCUGGCUAGUUUUUCGCAUCCUGACCCGAGAAUCCCAAUCCUCUGGUCCUGUCAAGUGUUUGGGGUGGAGUUUUUUUUGUCACAUCCAAACAACCAGAGGCCAGUGUUGUCCCACUCCGAGCUGAGCUUUCUCCAUCAGGGAUCACUGUGUGAGCCCAACACAACCCACUCCCACAUACUGCCUGUGCAUCCAUCAAUCUCAGUCUGCAGCCAGGGGU